UUUGAUGAUCUUAUGGCAGAGAAGGAAGUUGUAUCUUCAAAAUGUGUCAAUUUGGUGAAAGACAAUCAAGUUCUUCAGCAGGAAUUAUUAUCUAUGAAAAAAGUACAACAGGAAUGUGAAAAACUUGAGGAGGAUAAAAAGAUGUUGAAAGAACAAAUAUUACAUCUUAAGACCCAUAUGGAAAACAAUAUGGCAGAACUUGGCAAAGUACAAGAAUAUAAAUCAGAGCUAGAUGAAAAGGCAAUGCAGGCAAUAGAAAAAUUAGAAGAAAUCCAUUUACAGACACAAGCACAGUAUGAAAAGCAAUUGGAGCAGUUAAGCAAGGAUAACAUGGCUUCACUAAAUAAGAAGGAACUCACACUUAAAGAUGUGGAAUGUAAAUUCUCCAAAAUGAAAACUGCUUAUGAAAAGGUUACAACCGAACUGGAAGAAUAUAAGGAAGCCUAUGCAGCAGCACUGAAAGCUAACAAUUGCAUGUCAAAAAAAAUAACGAAAUCAAACAAAAUAAUAGCAAUGAUGAGCACCAAGCUCCUUAUGCAGAAAGAGCACAUGAAAAAUUUUCUCAGUACUCUCCUUACAAGAAGAGACACAGAGUCACCUUGUGUUAGAAAUCUUGCUAGUAUAGGACUCAACAGAAAAUAUAUUCCCCAAAUGCCCAUCAGAAUUCCUACUUCAAACCCACAGACUUCAAAUAACUGCAAGAACUACUUGACUGAG